UUCAAUGGCCUUUCUCUGUGCAACUCUUUUCAUUUCGAUCUGCAUGUCAACCCUCCCAUUUGCUUUUGGCGAUGCCGACUACACACCCUCUGCUUACAAUGUUCUUCAAGAAAAUGACUUUCCAGUCGGCCUUCUCCCAAAGGGUGCAACUGGCUAUAAAUUAAACAAAGAAACAGGGGAGUUCUCGGCCUACUUGAAUGGAAGUUGCAGCUUCUCCCUCGAAAAUUCAUAUAAACUCAAUUACAACUCCACCAUUGAGGGUGUGAUCUCCAAGGAUAGGCUCAAGAAUUUGAAGGGUGUGAGUGUUAAGGUGCUUUUGACGUGGCUCAACAUUGUCGAGGUGGUUCGUGAAGGCGAGGAGCUCCAUUUCUCCGUGGGAAUUGCUUCCGCCAACUUUCCGGUUGAGAAUUUUGAGGAGUGUCCUCAAUGUGGGUGUGGAUUGGACUGCAACAAUUUCGAUGUUUAUCAUUCUUCUGUUUAGAAGAAAGAAUUAAGCGCUUGUACGUAUACAUGCAAGUGAUGUAUUAUAUGCUGCUUCUUAAUAUAUAAUUCAUACCAUAA